AUGAUUUCAAGCCAACAAACAGAAACUGGAAAAUACCCUGGAGCUUAUGUUUUCACACCAGUAAAGGGUCUUGAAAAUAGACGUCCUGUAACUGGUUUAGAUUUCGCAUCGUUAUAUCUGAAUCUUAUCAUAACAUACAACCUCUCACCCGACAAAAUCAUUUUAUCUCAAGAGCAUGCCGUAUCUGUAGAACAAAGCGACAAAAAGCUUCAUAAGAUAGAGUUUCUAUUUAAUAACAACCCCCAACGUGCCUGGUCAGUUCAGCAUAACAAUAUUUCUGAAGAAAAAGGACUCUAUACUAGCGUAUUGGAAUAUUUAUCAGGUAAACGAAAUGAGAUGAAGAAGCGUCUUGCACCUUUGAAAGAGAAAAAGGAAGACAUGGAAUUGGUAAUAAGUUCAAUGGGUAAAAGUUUGUCAUUAUCAGAAGCCAUAGAGCAGAUCUUAGCGAAUGCAGAGGUAGAAAAACGUAACGGUCUUACUAAGAAUUUAUAUCAUUUUAUUCAUAAAGAAAAGCAUGAAUUCAUAGCAGAAUAUGAUUCUAUUUGUUUCGACUGUUCUUGUUUGAAUAAGAAACAAUAUGCUUUCAAGAGAAAUAUCAAACUCGUUGCAGAUUUCGUUAAGAGAAAGGGAUUUGAGAUAAAAUAUGGUGAUACGAAUUCCUUGUAUUUAGUCUGUCCAGAAGAACGCUUCCAGAGGUGUGAUGAGGCUUAUGAUAGUGGCAACGGGAUCUCAAAAGAAGAAUAUUGGUCUCGAAUGGUAGAAAUCUCUAUGGUGGAAAUGGAAAAACUUCGUGAUGAAGUUAAUGACUUUCUCAAGGAUCCCCUUAUCUUAAAAUGGCAUAUGAGAAAGUCUUAUUUCCGCAAGCCGAACUUUAAUAAAAAGCUUUUCAUUCGGGGAGUUGAGGUUGUAAAGCGGGGGCAGUCUAAACACUUUCGUGAGGUGGGUAAGAAGGUCAUGGGAGAAUCUAUGAGGCUGGAUAAUACUCGCACCUUGCGUCGGAUUGUGGAGGACGUGCUCAAAGAGACCAUAAAUGAUAUUUCACAGAUAGAUCUUAAUGGGGUGAUUAAAACUGCUGUGUGGAAGCCCGAUAAGAAUAACAAGAGUGUUCAGCGUUUUAUUUCACGAAUGCGAGACAGACAUACUCGUGAAGAAGCAGACGCCAAACGGCUCAUAAAAAGAGGGCUAACAUCCGAGCCUUAUCUUUAUGAAAUCCCAGAACCGGGUGAGCGUUUUGAGUAUGUUGUAGUUGAGAAUGAUUCAUCAGAUAAGGUCGGAAAUAAAAUGGAGUAUCCAGAGGCUUUAAAAAAGUUGAAAGAUGCUAAUAAAGCGGGUGAUAAUAAAGCGGAUGACGGUGGGGUGGAUGGAUAUGACCUGGAUGAAGACGAAGAAGAUGAAGACAAAAUGGAUGAAGAUGAGGUAUCAAAAAUAAGAGAUGCCUUAGCGCAGAAAUCAGCUGAAAAGUGGAUUAGGGGGUAUAUCAAAAGCCUAUGUGAUGGUCCGAAAAAAGAUAAAACCAUCAUAUCUCAUUUAUGGGAAGGGCACGCAUUUACGCGAAAAAAAUAUUUGAUACUACUUAUGCCGACAAGGGAGAACACCUAA